AUGCUGACCACCAUUUUCCGGCGAACAAUGGCCACUGGACGACACUUUGUAACUUAUUUUUUCUGGACAAUUCUGAAACCCCAUUGCAGAUAGCAGUAUGUCAAAUGACAAGCGACAACAACCUGGAAAAGAGCUUCGAAACGGCGAAGAGCAUGAUCGAAAGAGCCGGAGAGAAGAAGUGCGAGGUACCGUUCUGUGUUUACGGACUACCCUAAUCCCUCCUCCUUUCUUAAGAUGGUCUUCUUCCCGGAAUGCUUCGAUUUCAUCGGGCUCAACAAAAAUGAACAAAUCGAUUUGGCGAUGGCAGCCGACUCGGAAUACAUGCAGAGAUAUCGAGAUCUCGCGAAGAAGCACAAUGUUUGGCUGUCGCUCGGAGGCCUUCAUCACAAGGUACAGUACCCAAGGUUUACGGUAGCAAAUUUGCUCGCUGCAGGACCCAUCAGACCUGGCUCAUCCCUGGAACACGCAUCUGGUGAUCGAUUCGCAGGGAAAAACGCGAGUGGAGUACAAGAAAUUGCACCUUUUCGACUUGGAAAUCCCCGGAAAAGUUCGACUCAUGGAGAGCGAGUUCAGCAAGGCGGGCACCAAGAUGGUCCCUCCAGUCGACACUCCGGUCGGCCGUCUCGGGCUCUCCAUUUGCUACGACGUCCGAUUCGCAGAGUUAUCCCUCUGGAACCGUCGGAAGGGCGCUCAAUUGCUCUCAUUCCCGAGCGCUUUCACCCUGAACACCGGGCUCGCACACUGGGAAACUCUGCUCCGUGCGCGUGCUAUCGAAACCCAAUGCUACGUGGUGGCGGCUGCUCAGACUGGAGCCCACAACCCGAAACGGCAGUCCUAUGGACACGCGAUGAUCGUCGAUCCGUGGGGAGCUGUGGUGGCUCAGUGCUCCGAGAGAGUCGGUACGUAGAGCACUGCAAAAUCAUUCCAUCGAGCCCAAUUGUUCCAGAUAUGUGCUUCGCCGAAAUCGACCUGAGCUACGUGGACAGCCUGCGUGAAAUGCAGCCAGUUUUCGCCCACCGUCGCUCCGAUUUGUACACUUUACACGUCAAUGAAAAGACCGAAACGGAAGGAGCGCUGAAAUUCGCCGCAUUUGAUAUUCCGGCCGAACACGUUUUCUACAGUACUCCCAACACAUUCGCUUUUGUCAACCUGAAACCGGUCACUGACGGACGUAUGUUGAAUGAUUUCCAGCAUUCAGUAUAUUCCCUCCUUAUUUUCAGAUGUUCUUGUCAGUCCGAAACGCGUCGUUCAGCGUCUCACCGACCUUUCCGACGCAGAAACCGCCGAUCUGUUCAUUGUUGCCAAAAAGGUGCAAACAAUGCUCGAAAAGGUUAGCAUUUUGGGUGAAUAUUUUGAAAAUCUAAAAUUUCCAGCACCACAAAGUGAACGCUUCCACGAUUUGUGUCCAAGACGGUAAAGACGCCGGACAGACUGUUCCGGUAGGCGAUUUUCUUGAAAUUUCUGUAAAUUUAUAUGAAUUCCAGCAUGUGCACAUUCAUAUUCUCGCCCGUCGCACCGGUGACUUUGGCGACAACGAGAUCUACGCGAAGCUGGCUUCUCACGACAAAGAGCCGGAAAGGAAACCGCGCUCCACCGAACAAAUGGCCGAGGAAGCGCUGAUCUAUAGAAACUUGAUGUGA